AUGGACACACUUCCGGAUCCCGUUGGUUCAUCCCAGAUGGACAUUGAGACAUCACAGGCCGGUGGCACACCGGAGGUUGCAAAUGCAGCGGCUAAACCCAGGGUCAGAGCUCCGGUGCGGGUUGAAGAAGCUCCCAAGUUUGACCUCGACACUUACAUCGCGAACUACACCGGCCGUACCCGCUACGACCGCCUCUAUCUCAUCGGCACGUGUUCCCCAUCACUCGCGAACGAGGCCUUAAAGGCAGCUAUCGCUGAGGCCAAAGCCAGCAAGGAUAUCAUAAAAUAUGAGAAGGCAGUUCGCGCGCUGUCUGAAGUGGCACCAAGUGACCCCGAAGCUACUCUUAACUCUGCGUGGGUUCAAGAAACCCAGCGGAGUGUGAACGCUCAGACUGAGCGGUUGGAAGGAGAGCUGAAGGGAUACAAGAACAACCUGAUCAAAGAAAGCAUUCGUAUGGGAACUGAGGAUUUGGGAAACCAUUACUACAGAACCGGAGACCUGGCGGCUGCCUCCAAGGCCUACUCUCGCGUGAGAGACUUCUGCACCACACCCAACCACAUCACUUCUAUGCUUUUCAAAAUGGUCAGUGUCAGCAUCGAGCGAGGCGACUGGCUCUCCGUGCAGUCCAAUGUGCACCGCUUGCGCAACUCUCAAUCCAAGCCCGAGGAUGCCUCUCGGAAUGAACCAAAGAUAGCUGCUGCUUGGGCACUCGCGCAAAUGCAACAAGGCGCAUUCCUCGAAGCAGCAAACGCUUUCUUGGCAAUCCCAGCGGAUCUGGGCGACAGCUACAAUGAAGUCCUCACUCCCAACGACGUGGCCGUCUACGGUGGUCUUUGUGCCCUCGCAUCAAUGAACAGGGAGGAACUCCAGCGCAACGUACUAGACAAUCAGUCUUUCCGGAACUUCCUCGAACUCGAACCUCACAUCCGUCGCGCCAUCGCUUCCUUCUGUAACUUCAAGUUCCGCCCCUGCCUCGACAUCCUGGAGUCCUACCGCCCUGAUUAUCUGCUCGAUGUUCACCUGCAGCGCUUCCUUCCCCAGCUGUACAAGCGCAUCCGCACCAAAUCCAUCGAACAAUACAUGAUCCCUUACAACCGUGUCACACUCGAUGCCAUGGCCAAGAUAUUCGCCCCCAGCGUCAUUGGCGGGGAAGCCAAACCCACCGAUAUUUCCUCUCCAUUCGUGCAAGAGCUGAUUGGCCUCAUUCAAGACGGGGUAUUGGAUGCGCGUAUCGAUAUGGAGAAAGGAUUACUCAUCUCCAACCAAGUUGACCUCCGCUCCGAGGUGCAACGAUCCACCCUGGAAAACUUUAGAGAGUUCAAUCAAGAAGCUCAUUGGCGAAUUCUCCGGGCUCAGGUUUUGUAUCAUGGCUUGGAAAUAAAGUCUGACAAGAAGUUCGGUGAUGGAGGCAAGGGAGCGAGAUUCAGUCGCGACGGCGCUGGAUUCGACUGA